GGGGCGGGGCGGCGAGGCGAUUGGACCGCCCCGGCCGCCUCCCCUUCCUCCUCCGCCGAAAGUGAAAGCGGCUCGCGCCGAACAGAUCGCGCAGCUUUGCCUUGCAGCUCCCGCUCCUCGCCUGCCCCGCUCGCUCGGUAUGGCCGCCUUCGCCUUCGCCUUCGCCUUCGCGCCCGCCCGCGCCGAGCGGAGCCCCCUCCUCCUCCUUCUCCUCCUCGGUGCGUCCCUGGGCGCCUCCUCGCUGCCGCCCUCGGCCGCCGCCAAGCUGGGCUGCUGGUUCGUGGAGGAGGCGGGCGGCGGCGGGGCCGGCUCGGUCAUGCCCAGCAAACUGAACCAGCGCCGCGCUCUGCUCGUCCUGCCGCCGCCCGGGCAGCGCCUGGCCGAAGCCGCCCUGGAGCCCGACCUGCCCGCCGAGGUGGAGCCCGGCCUGGCCUUCCAGCUGCUGGACCCCUCCGGGAGCCUCUGGAGCAGCAAGGAGGCCGGCGCCCGUCCCCGCUGGGGGGGUUCCGCUGUGUCUGAGGCCGAGGUAGCGUGCGAGAUCAACCCCUACCACCCGCGGGAGGCCCACGUGCCCUGGGCCGCGGGGCUGGUGGGGCAGAAGGGCUGCCCCCGCUCGCUGGAGGGCCGCUGGGUCAUCGCCACCGUCCAGAACCCCGAGGUGGACUUUGGGGUCAGCAGCAUCCUGCACCAGGAGGGGCCGUUGCCUGGGAAACCGGAGGCGAGCAGGGUCGCCGUGGCAACAGCCGUCCUCUCGGUUUUCACCCGGACCCCCCGGCUGGAGUCCCACCUGGGGCAGGACGUGCUGCUGGACUGUGGCUUCUCGGCUCCGGCCACGGCCUUCUCGGUCGAGUGGCGCCACCAGCAUGGCGGGGCCGGACAGGUGAUCCUGGCCUACGACGGAGCUACUCAGCGCAUGGCAGUGUCCGAGGAGGGGGCCCGUCUCUUUCUGGACCCCGGGAGCAGCAACGUCUCGCUGCAGUUGCAGGGCGCUCAGGUGCGCCACGAGGGGACCUACAUCUGCUCCGUCUACCUGCCCCACCUGCAAGCCCAGCAGGCCGUGGAGCUCAAGGUCAUGCAGCCACCCAAGGUCACCCUCCGCCCGGUCCCCUUCCCGGUGCCCCUCAACACCCACACGGACCUGGCCUGCGAGAUCACCGGCUAUUACCCCCAGAGCAUCUCCGUGGUCUGGAAGUGGCACAGUCCCGGCUCACCCCAAAAGGUCCUCCGGGAAACGUGGGAAUCGGGGCACCGGCAGGCCCCGGAUGGCACCUACAGCUUCACCAGCUUUGCCCGCCUGCCAGCUGUCCAGCCAGGGGACCAGGGCGGCUCGUACAGCUGCCACGUGAGUCACGUGGGGCUGGGCCAGGCGGGGGUCCAGAAGACCCUGAAGCUGAAUGUGGCAGGCUCCUCGGCCCCCUCCGUGGAGGACGUGAUUGGGCUCUUCCUGGUCACCUUUGUGCUCCUGGGCUUCCUGCAGGUGCUUUCCCAGCGAGGAGUCUUUGCAGAGAAGAAGACGACAGGGACGAAAUCGGAGCCUCCGCCUGGCCCCUCGCAGCCUGCUGCUUCUCCCCCCGAGAAGGGCCAGGAGGCCAGCAAGAGGCAGCUCUCUGGACUCGAGUCCUCAUUGCCGGGCCCCACUUCGAAGUGACAGGCCUCCUGCGUGGUGGAGCCUCACUCUGGAUCCUGGAGGAAGGGCUGCGGAGGGUCGGGGGCAUUGGGAGACCCCCUUCCCCCUCCCCCCCGUGGAUCUUAGUUGGCAAUUUGGGGAGGGGGUGUUGAAGCUGCUUAGGGUUUUUCUCUGUCCAUCCCGCAUGCAGAAAGCGGGGAUCCCUGUUCCCUCUCCGCCCCGCCCCUUUGGCGAGGCCUCCCUACCUGUCCCCGGGACCCUUCGGAUGCCCUCGCUUCUUCCCCCAGACUCUCCCCACACACUGCAUUGGGGGGGAGGGUGUUAGCAGCCGUCCUGGCCUGCUCUGGGUCCCCCAGGUGGGUGGGAGGCCUUAAAGAAACCAGCCGAGGGACCCCACUGUGGUUCUCCCCCCUCCCCGCAGUGUGAGCUGUUUUGCUUUCCGAAUCCUGUACUGAAGAGGCUCCCUUAGUUGGGGUCCUGCCCCCCUCCCACAACUGCAGGACGGAAGGAAAGCCCUUGGCCGGGGAUUUGCAUUCCCAGCACCAAAGUGCCAGCUGCGUAUCAUGGUGCCGAUCGAGCCCAGAAAGGGAGCAAAGAGCCCACCCUGGUUCCAGGCUGUGGGAGGACCGAAGCCCCUCGGCAGCAUCUCAUUCUUUGGAAGAUCACAUGACACCAGCAACUGAGGAAUUUCCCUGUGGUGCUGCCAUCUGCAUUUCUUCCUGUCCCCCCCUCCCUUCCAGCCAAUGGGGCUCAUGGCUGGUGCCCCCCCCUCAACCCCGGGCCGUGUGGCCCUGCCCCUCCCACACACACGCACGCAUCCCUGGGCCUGUCGGGGUUUGCCUGCUGCAGAUCCUAAGGUGCUUUCUUUGCUCUGGAUCAGCUUAUAAAGAUUUCCUUUCCGACA